UCCUAAGGGAUUUCCAUGCAUUUGGAGCAUGUGAGAAGCUGCCAGAGGAAAUCUCUAAUUUCUGCUUCUUCAGAUGCUCCUGCCCUGUUCUGUGCCUGUACAAGUGUGACACUCAUCGGUGCGGGGUGCAGCUUACUGCAAGAUAGGCAAUACCAUCACGAAGCCAAGAUGGUGGCAUUUAACUGGAAGGCUUUGGAGAGUUUCCCAUUGCUGAUGUACAUUUUGGCAGCUAAAACAUUGAUUCUUUGCUUGGCAUUUGCUGGAGUAAAAAUGUACCAGAGCAAAAAACUUGAAGAAAAACUGAAGAGGCAACGUGAAGAGAAAUUGAAAGCAGAAGCAGAGAAGAAGGAUGACUGAAGAGUCUUUCAGGAGAUGUGGCACCAAAAACUUCCUCUUUCCUCGUGCUCAUUUUCAUGAAACCCUUCACGGAGGCUUCAUCCUCGUUUUACCGAAGAAUACAAUCCAGAAAAGACUGAUAAAUCCCUGUGGCACAAACAAUUUCCUUUUGAUACUUCCUUGUUGCUAAGAUGGAUGAAAAGCAGGUGAUUCUGUACCUGGUCCCAUGGACUCCACUGUGAAUUAGGAUUGGCAGAAGACACACCUUACCAAUGAAGAAGUGUUGCAAUGCAGCUCUAAAUCUGCAGCUGUGUAAGCCAUGACAGCAGAGACUCAUAAGGCUGACUCGCAGUGAGGCCUUACCAGAACUGGGACUGGGACUGGGACUAUGCUCCAUUGAGCUUUAGUCUCGUUCUUCAUGUGAAUCCAGAACACAGCAAUGAAGUCAUCAGGUUUGUGCUGAUUUUGACUGUAGCACACUGUUACUUCAAUUAGUACAUUGACAAUUAGCAUAGUGCAGUGUCGUGGGGUGAAGAUAAACAGUCCUUGGGAAAAUGGGGUAUGCAUCAUUUAUUUCUUCAGAAAACCAAGCUACAGUGCAAUUAUUGCCUACCUGGUGGUAAAGAGGCACCAGGCCUAUUUCCUCCUCAUGCUGAUUUCAUACCACUUCAUAUUCAUUGAUAUUUAUUCAACCGAUUGCUGCUUCAAGCCAGUGUCAAAUUCUCUUCAGGCUCAUGGUGUCAGAACAAUAAAAACAAAGUCUCUCCCCUUUCCCCUUUCCUCUUUCCCCUGUGCAUUUGAAGCAACUAAUUUUCCAUUCUCUGCUGCAUCCAGAGUUGUGAAAAAUGAGCAGAUGUCUUUGCUGAUGAAUAUGAAGUGAAUAUGAUUAUUUUUCUCUGCAUAUUUACAUCUGAGCUCUAGAGAGUUACACGUGUUGAUUUUUCUGAAGGUAGACAAGACUCCCUAUUUUAGAUAUCUCUCUGCUACUCCUCAUCACAAUGCUUGUUCUGUUGGUUUCCACACACAGGAAUAAAAGUGCACAGAUUUGCCUCAUUGUUUUGAAAUGUUUUAGUGAAACUGUGAAUCAUCUCAUAACUUUUUAUGAUCUUAGUUCUCUUAGAAGUACACAAUAAACCCAUACCCAGUAAUGAGCAACACAGAGAUUGCAAACUGGGAUCCACUUUCGAAAGACCAAAUUGUUCAAUGAACUUGAAAAAAC